CUCCUGUCUGCUUUUGGCUGCAGCCCAGAGCUCCUCCAGGAGAGACAGGACUGUCCACGGCGUGUCCACUGACUCAGGUGUGCUCAAAAUCAUGAGCCACAGCCAUCUCAACCCAGGCCUCAUCUCAGCCUACAACAGCCUGACAGAUAAACAUCUCGCCGGAUACUUCAGCAACACACGCAUCAGAAGACACUUGCAGAGGGCUGGCCUGAUUACAAGAAGCGGGCGUAUUGUUCCAGACAAAGAGUACAGGCAGAAGCUGAUCCAAAAAGCCCAUCAGAGACACGUCCGAGAAUGUCUGGCUCAGGCCAUUUUCCACAAAGUGCUGGAGAUGGAGCGUCUCCAUCAAAUAGAGAUCAAACGCAAACUGGAGGAGUUUGCUCGAAGAGAGAGGGUGCACAAGAUCAAGGUGGAGCGGCCCAAAAGAUUUGAAGAGGACAUCAUCCGCAUCCUGUCCCCGCGGCCGCCCACAGGAGGGCGGGGCAUCAGAAAGCAGCACUCGGGUCCAGAGGCCGAGCACACCGAGUCAUCGGAGUCCCCGGGCUCGUCUCGCCCCAACACUGCUCCUGGAAAGAUGCAGCGCCCGGUGCGUUUAAAGCCACUUCACAGUAACAGCACCACGGCCUCGCACAGACACAGCUCCCCUUACCGAAGCCAUGCCCCUCACCACGACAACCAGCGCCAAUUCAACGGGACAGUGGACAAAGACUCACACAGGCGCUUGAACUCUAUGGAGGUUCGUAAUGGGGUGUCGCCCUACUGCCUCCCAGUCAUCAACAACUAUGUGACCCCCGUGCCUCCCAGCACCAAGAGGAAAGAGCGUCCCGUCAAGCUCAGCACCAGCAGCACCCAUAGGGGCCGGAGACUGCGGCCCACCACCACAUCCAGUGGACCUGACGUCAGUGAGGACCCCCCUGUGCUGAGGAGCUCGGUGCCGCAGAGCCGAGUCUGUGUGAACAUGGUGUACCUGGGUAAAUCUGUGCACCUGUCGCACGACCUGCCCGACAUGAGAGAUGAGGUGCGAGUGUUUCAGCAGCACUGCGGAGGAGAGAAUCUGUGUGUGUUUAAGGGCAAACUCAGAGAGGGAGAAAGUUUCCAGUUUAUUUCUCGUCGUCACAGAGGCUUCCCCUUCAGUCUGACCUUCUUUUUAAACGGGCUGCAGGUCGAGCGGCUGAGCUCUUGCUGUGAGUUUAAACACAGGAAGAGCUCUCGCCUCGGGGGGCGGCACGGACAUUUUGCCUUCUCCGGGAUAGAGGCAGCGUCACCAUGUUACAAAUGCAUUAUAGCUAUGGGUUUGGAUAAAAAGCCUGUUCCCCCUCCCAAAAGAGCGAAGGAGGAUGCCUUUAGAGUUGGGAUAGUGCCCAGACUAACGGUUACUGUGGGAACUGACACAGAAGUGACCAAAGAAGAUCCUGUGUCCCGCUCUGAGUGUGAGACCAGCCCAAGAAGAGACACAGAGAUCACAGCAGAAGAGGACAAAGCACCUGAAGACAGCAAAACCAGAGAUGAUUAUGAAGAGGACUUUGAAGCUGAUGAUGAAGGCCCAGUUGAAGAGGAAAAGGAAAAGAAAGCUACUUCUCCAAAUGAGGAAAAAGAAGAAAAAGUGAAAGAAACCAAUGCAUCUGACAGUGAAAACAGUGAGAGGGACGAUGACAGGAAAUCUUGCUCAGGCUCCAGUUUUUCAGGCAGUGACAAAGAGGAGAGUGAAGCAGAGGAGGUCAAAGAGGCCAAAGAGGAAGGACAAGACAAGCCUGAAGACGAGGUGCAGGAGGAGGUGCAGGAGGAGACACAGCAAGUGGAGUCUGGGUCUGCUGAGGUCAAAGACUGUGAAAUACAGGACAGCGCGGGACAAAGCACAGAGAUAGAGAUCACUGACACCAGCGCUCCAUCAGGGAAUGAGACCAGAGAGAUGAAUGACACGAGGACCACAGCAGAGGGUGAGAGGAGGACAGAGGAGGAGCCAGAGAGAGCCAAAUCUGUGCAGGAGAAGUUAGCGGAGGCUAUUUUGAAGGAGUCUCAGUGCAGCUCUGAGCCUGAACUUAGCGACACCAGCACGGAGACGACAGAAGUGGGAUCCAACAAGUCCACAGACAAACAAGCUAAAGUUGCAGAGACAGUGACAGGACAACCAGAUGUUACUGAAGGAGAAAAGAAAACUGAUGUAAGAAUGAUGGAAGAAGAAGUUAAACCCGAGGGUGAAACUACAAAAGAGCCAGAGGAAAUUCUCGAAGCUGACACGGUACAAACUGACAACACUAACGACAAGGCUGCAUCAGAAACGGGCAAGGACGAGGACACAGGAGAGAAGGAGGCAUCUGAGGAGAUUGUGGAAAACGUUAAGAGUUCAUCAAUUCAAGAUGAACUGAACAAGGAAGCAGAGAAAGAUGUAGAGGAUAGAGAGCAGGAGGAAAGAAGUAUUCAAAAGGAGGAUGAGUCAUCAGGAGUGGAUAAGCCAGACGAGACCGCGGUGGCCGAUAAUACAGAGCCAAUGGUAGUCACCGAAACAAUGGAGAUGAAAGCUGAGGCCUCGGACACACAAGAGGCUAUCAACACUGAUGUGGCACCUGCAUCAGACACACAGGCAAACAAUAACGAGCAGGACGCAAUGGAAAAUACAGGGCAGGAGAGUGAAGUCAAUGUAAAAGAUGAGACUAUUAGUCAAGAUGGUAAAGAGGAGUCUGUGGUGGAAAAUGAAGAAAUCGAAAAAGUUGUAGAAGUAACGAUUGAAAUGGAGGAAGAUAAAGUCAAGAAACAAUCUGAUUUGAAUGAAGGUGACAAAGAUAAAAUGCAAAAAGAGGGUGAUGCAGUAAAGAUGGGAGAGAGUCCAAGAGAAAACGUAAGUGAUGAUGCAACAGCAGAGAAGGUAGGAACAAAUUCAAACUCAGACGGACAGGAUAAUGAUGAAGAAGUUAAGACUGAGAAAAAUGAUUUGGAAGACCAUAAACUGGAAAGAGAACUUAUAAAGGAAGAAAAGGAUCAAGAAACUAAAGAAAUCCUGUCAGAUUUGAACACAGAUCAAAAAGGACAUGACAACAAAGCUCCGACUGAGGAAGAUGCAAGUGGCAAACCAAAGGAGGAGUUAGAAAAAGCAGAAGCUGAUGAGAUCCAAAAUGGAGGUACUAGCAAAGAGAAAAGUGUUAGUGAGGAUGAGAAAAAUACUGCACAAAAUGAAGAGGAAGUUCAACACACAGAGAGUGAAGUUAGAAACGAUACAGACAAGAAACAGGACAAAGUGAAAAAUGAAGAAAGCGUUAUUCAAAAAGACGAAGAAAAAGAACCAAAUGUAGAGGACAGUGUAAAAGUGACAGAGCAAAAUGUAAAAUCUGAUGAGGGAGCAACUGUCGAAGAGUCCGACAAACCUGAAAAUGGAAAUAAAAGCAUCAGUAAUGAGGUUGAUGUGAGUAAAGUGGAUGCAGAAAAUGGAGAGGAAAUGUCAGUUAUUGCAGAAACAAAGCAGACCGAUGAAGACGAGCAAAAACGAGCAACUGAAAACGCAGAUCAGGAGCGUGAUGGUGUUACGCAAGUGGAAGAAAGUGAAAAAGAAAAGAAAAGUGAAUUAAAACAGGAGAAUGACAACAAUGGGAGCAAUAUCGAAAAUGCUUCAAGUAUUCUUUCAAAUCAAGAAGACACUGUUAAGCCUACAAGCAAAGAUUCAGAUACAGCAGAAAACAACAACAAUUUGGAGACCGCACAAUCCAAUUCUGACAAACCCACAGGUGAAGAGGUGGCUGCAGUGGAUGUCUUUGCUGUUGAAGGGGAAAAUGGAGAUACAGAAGAAGCUAGUAAGGCAUCUGAGGGGGGAGUGAGUGUGCUCUUAAAGCCCCAGGCCAAGUCCUCUUUAAAUGGACAAAAUGAGCAAAAUGAAAAGAAAGGGAGUCCAGAAGGAUUGACAACAGCUGACAGCGCUGAUCUGGUCACUAACUGGGUCACCAUGCACCAAACGUCCAAGUAUUUUGAGACUUUUGUCGAACCUUUGGAGGAAAUAAGAGAUGUGAACUCUGAAACAACAAAUACGCAGUCAGAAGAGUUGCCGAGAUGUGAGAGUCCAGUGAAAAUGGUGAAAGAUGGAGAGAAAGACAACAGUACAGAAAAUGAGACCAAAGAGGAUACUUCUGAUCGUGGUAGUAACCAAUCUGGAAGUAAACAAGGUGUAUCAACUAAAGAUAUGGCACAGGAGGUAAAGGAGAGUAAAGUUAUACAUGUACCAAAUGUUGAAAAUGAAGAAAAUACGAAAGAAUCUGUAAUUGAAGAAAGUCUGAAUUCUGUUGAGGACAAAAUUGACCAAUCAGCAUCAGAGGUAGAAAGAAUUCAUGAUAGUUUUGCACAGCUUAACAACAACCUUACCAGGACUAGCAUUACAAGUAGUCACCUGUCUAUCCCAAGUGGAAAACAUGAAAUAGUUUCUGAAAGUCUGAAUGAAGAGAAAGAGAGUGAUCACGGGAAAGAAGAAGUGACUAUCAUACAAAAAGAUAAAACAGAGGAGCUUCCGGAAAAUUCAGACUUUCUAAAAACAACUGAACCUGCAACCAGUGAAGACGCACAGGAAAACAGCAAAAGCAAAAAAGUGACGGUAACAACACACUUUACAUCAUCGAAGUCCGACAGUGGGAGUCAACAGGGGUCUAUUAAACAAACCAACAGCAUCAGUGAAAAUAAGACAGAGGUUAUGGAGGAGUCUAGCAACCACACAGUGAGUAAAGAACAUCUGAGCACCUUCUCUGUGGAUGACUCUGUGUUUGGACAUAGCUCAUUUCACUUAGUGACGACAACCAAAGCUGAGAAUGGACAUUAAAGCCACUCCAUAGUUUGAAUUGACAGGCUGUGCGGGUUUACAAAGUGAGACUGAUUGACAAAGUGGCCUUAAAUACUUUAGACUCUCUGUGCUGGCUUUAUAAAGCAUAAUUAUCUAAUCGCCUACAUAAUGCUGCCUGUUUAGACUAGAUCAUCUCUUCCUAUUGUUGGUGACAAAGGGGAAUAGUCUAUGUAAGGGAUAGAGUAGAGCCAUCUAUUACCUGUAAGCAGAUCCUGCCUCUCAUGCUCACAAAUGUAUCAAUAAUUCAUCCUUGUGAGACUCCCACAGCUGCUUUUGCUCCAGUCACACUUUGUACAGACUUUUGUAUUGACAGAUUUAUUGCACAAAAGCACAAUAUUUUGACAUUUCAUCUUUGAGAAGUGGCACUUUGGCUGCAUGACAAUGUUAUCUUUAUACGACUGUAUUUCCAUUUAAGUAUGCCUACAUUGCUGGCAUCAGAUGUC